AAUUGAAAUGCAAGCUCUCUAAUCUUGUAGACAAACCGAAGCCCACAACAUGGCAGCCCUUAUUGGGGAAAGAAUUGGAAUAAAAGACACGUCGCGUAGCGUUACAGUACCAGAGAACCCAAAAGCCAAACUGAUGUACUACCUUGACUGUGUGGCAACAGUUAUUCAGCUCGACAAUCCCAAUCUCCGCAGGCUGAGAGACUAUCAGAGGUACCAUUCACUAAGCGACGCAGAAAUUGACGCCUUGUUGGUAUUGAUCCUACUUUUAAGCCCAGAUGAGCUGAUUGGCAAAGUAUUCUUCCCGAGCGAAGACUGUGGAGGACGCACUAACCAAUUCUUUGAGUUGAGCGCAGUUACUCACAUGUUGGCUGUGUCAGACAACGUUCUGAUUGGAGGAGAAAGCAAGAGAGUUGCCAAAAUAAUGUUUUAUCAGAGGCGCUGGAUGGAAGACAACUACAUUUCACCCUUGAGGUCAUUUGGGAGUCGUCUGCAAAGGCUGGCACGUGGUCUACCAGGAAGAGCACCAAAUCCCACCAGAGCACUACCUCCACCAUCUCGCCCCAGAGCACAACCUCCUCUACGCCCUCAGCCACGCCCUAAUACUUCUACUGCCUGUUGUUGCAUUGUUAUGUAGCAAUCUACGCAGUUUAACGCCGCAAAGAAUUCAUGGCAGAAACGAUUGAAGUCAAUGCUCUCACAUAAAGAUAAAUAACAGUUUCCAUGACGGAAAUCACUAGCUUGUAUUUUAUUCAAAAUGUGUUCAGUGUGUAUAUCAGUUUCAAAGUACUUGGUGUUACAUUUAAGAAAAUUUAUGGCGCGGAUCCGAGUAUUUAAGUAAGUUGAUAAGAUACAGUCUGCCAUCGAACGUUGGCAAAUUUCUUAAACAACCGAGUGCCAGACUGGAGAAAACUUUAGGGCAUAGGUCUUUUACAUCCGCUGCCUACAGACUUCAAAAAUGCGGGCACUUCAGCCGAUUUUAAAUCUAGUUUACAGCGAGUACACUCAAACCAUGAACAGCUGACUUUUUUGAACAUUUUUUAAUGAUUAUCCAAUGCCGGACCACUCUACACACAAAAAAGGAUGAGUGUUUCUUAGGCGCUAGUAACCCAAAUCCUUUAGUCUGGAUGAACAAGUCUCACUUGAUAAUCAGAAAAAAAAAAAUGUGCAAACAAAGUCAAUUGUUCACGGUUCGAGUGUCCUCACUGUAAAGACCUAUAUAGUCGAACCUCGAUUAUCCGGACUCGUUGGGAUUAGACGAAAUAGUCCGGAUAAUCGAAGGUCCGGAUAAUCGAAAAUAUGAAUAUUAAUGAAGAAAAAAACUGUUGAAAUAAAGCAAUAUUUAAUCAUGACACAACACUUUUACAAAUCGUUUGGAAAAUAAUAUGGUGUACUGUACAUCUUGAACCA